AUGUCUGGAUUUUGGAAAUGGGGCUUUCGUGCCUCUGUCAAUCUACACUCUAACAUAGAUCAGUCGCCAAAGAUCGCCGAUGGCGUCACAUUCAGUGAUUUCCUUACUAAUGAUCUUCCCAUAGUUAAUACCAAAGAGAAGCUAUGGUUGAACCCAUUAUUGUUCAAUGGAACGCUCCAGACCUUGUAUUAUGCCAUGCACAACUCUGCCACCGAGUUCCUGGUGUACUAUGGAAGAGAAUUGUUCACUUACAAAGACAAGGGUAAAUGUUCAUUGGACUGGAUCAUCCCAGAACCCGAGUCCAAAGAAGAGUUCCAGAAACUCUACAAGGAAACUCUUCCAGCAGACUCUCCCAGACUUCAUCCUAGAACACGGUUUUUCACCGAUGCUGAAUUGAAAGAGAGAAGUACCCAUGAUCAGACAUCCACGGAUCCGAUUUGUGUGGUACUUCAUGGAUUGGCCGGAGGUUCUCACGAGCCAUUGAUCCGUAACUUGGGAAAGAUCUUGAAAGACAGCGAUGUCAAUUGGGACGUGGUAGUGUUGAACGCUCGUGGAUGUUGUAGAACAAAGAUUACCACGGGUAAGUUGUACAAUGCGUUGUCCACUGAUGACGUGAAGGAUGUCAUUGAAGAGAUCCAGAAAAGAUACCCAUCUAGACCAAUUUACGCAGUUGGUUUCUCUUUUGGUGCCGUUCUCUUGUCCAACUUCCUUGGAGUAAUGGGCGAGGAAGCCAAAAAGAUGGUCAAGGCUGCUGUUGUUAUUGGAUGUCCUUGGGAUUUGGGAGCUAGUGCACGUCAUUUGGACGGCACUCUCACAGGCCGUUACUUGUUUGGUCCUAGUCUCACUGAAUUCUUGAACAAGCUUAUCAAGAGCAACUUGAAGGAGUUGCGUGUUCACGAACCGGAGAUCUUCUCAGAGGAAAUUGUCAACAAGGCCAAAGCAGUCAAGAAAACAUUCGAGUGGGAUAACAUAAUUACCUGUAAAACAGCCGGUUUUGACACCGUUUGGGACUAUUAUAAAGCUGGAUCUCCACAGCAGAGGUUGCCAAAGGUUGCCGUGCCCACGUUGAUCAUCAAUUCUACUGAUGAUCCAGCUGUUGAUGACAAAUUGCCCAUCAAAGAGGUGGAGGCCAAUCCUAAUUUGGCAAUGGUGGAGACUAAUUUGGGAGGACACUUGGGAUUUGUCAAGUAUUCAGGAGAUUUUUGGUGUGUUGAAGUUGCAGAUGACUUUUUCAAUCUGUUCUACAAAGUGACUAAAUAG